AUGGAAUUGGGGCAGAAUCACACCACAGUGACGAGAUUCAUCCUGCUGGGCCUCACAGACCAGGCAGACGAAAAACAACUCCUCUUUGCCAUCUUCUUGCUGAUCUACUCCAUGACUCUGGUGGGCAACCUAGGCAUGAUAGACGUGAUCCGUGCCAGCUCCACACUGCACACCCCCAUGUACUUCCUCCUGAGUGUGCUUUCCUUCCUUGACAUCUGUAAUUCCUCUGUGUUUACUCCCAGGUUGCUGAUCAGCUUCCUCACCACUGACCAGUCCAUCUCCUUUGCAGGCUGUGUGGCCCAGAUGGCCCUCAUGAUCCUCCACGGCACAGGGGAGUGUCUGCUCCUGGCCAUCAUGGCAUAUGACCGAUUUGUGGCCAUCUGCCACCCUCUCCUCUACCACACCAUCAUGUCCAAGCGCUUGUGUGUCCAGCUAGUGGUUGUCACCUAUGCUAUGGGGGUGUUUAUUUCAGCUCUGCAGACAGGGAAUGCCUUCAUCUUGCCCUAUUGUGGUCCCAAUGUCAUUGAUCACUACUUCUGUGACAUCCCCCCCGUGCUCCAACUGGCCUUGAUCUUGGUCUCUUAUGCCUACAUCCUGGUCACAAUCUAUAAGAUGAGGUCCUUGGAGGCCCAGCGCAAGGCCUUCUCCACCUGUGCCUCCCACCUCACUGCCCUCUCCCUCUUCUAUGGGUCUGUGUUCCUUGUAUAUUUCCAACCCAACCCUGAAAGUGCUUCAGCCUAUAACAAGAUCUUGUCUGUGUUCUACACCAUUGUGAUUCCCAUGCUGAACCCCCUGGUCUACAGCCUAAGGAAUAAAGAUGUCAAGGCUGCUGUUCAAAUUAGGGUUCUUAACCUGAGCAGAAAAAGAAUUUGUUAG